UCGAUUGUAGACAAUCUACGUACAAAUCAUUUGCUAACUAGUAGCGAACGACACAAAACAUCAUCACAAGAUGCUAAUGCGGGAAAAACCAAAACGAUAAAAUUUUAUUAAACUUUCAGACAACGAUUAACUUCUAACGCACAGCAUCUAGCAUCAUGAAACCACAGUUAACAUUAGCAGUUAUCAACAUUUUCGUCGCACUGAUUGGUGGUAAGUUUUCGCUGGCCUCGGCCAAGGGCCCACAUCAUCCGCGGGGCAAUCACAGCCGGAAGUUGGACGAACAUUUUCACGUCAAAGAUAAUCACAUCCAGGAGGAUCUGAAGCAACUGUCCAUCAGCGAGGACGAGCUGGCCAAAAUGUCCGAGGAGGAGAAGAAUUUCUAUUUUUUCAAGCUGCACGAUUCCGACAACAAUGACCACCUGGAUGGGUUGGAAAUUCUGCACGCUGCCACCCACCACAACGAUGGCCACGUGCACAGGCUGGAUGGUCGCGAUUCGGAUGAUGAUGGUGGCGAAGACAGCUCGGAGAAUUCGGUCAUUGAUGUCAUCGAUGAUUUCAUCGCCUUUGCGGACCUGGAUCAGAAUGGACUACUCACCUAUCCCGAGUACAUGAAGGCCAUCAGCACUGAAAAUUGGAACAAAAAGGGAGAUCCUGCCAUAACCACAUCUUCCCCAGACCCCUCUUAGUAGAUAGAAUGUAAAUUAAAACAAGACAAACACAAAUAAAGCAUCCUUCUGCUUCAUAU